AAAUUUGAAUACAGAUUUCGUUAAUUGAAAUUCGCGGCUGGCCAUGCUCGGGCUGAUCGUUCGCGGCGUGUUCCUCGUCGGUAUACUCACCUGGUACAGUACCAGUGUGUGGAAAAUUAUCGACGGCUACUUCAGGGAUCAAUUCCGCAGCUACCUGGAGGAGGAGUAUCGAAAGAAUCCGCGAAUGAGAACGGACGUGCAGAGCGGCUCGGCCGAUAACAGCGAGCCCUCGCUGACCGACUCGACGACUGCGCCACCGCGAGAGAUACUCGAAGCUGCGGAGACGGCAGCGCGCGCGGUCGAGGCUGCAGAGAACGAUUCCACGUCGGGGACGAGCGACGAGGAACGGAUGACAGGUGGCACCAGUGAAAACGAGGCCAAUGCAGGGGGAUCGGCCGAUAAAAAUGCAUUCCUGGGAACUGUCGCGGAAUCGAGGCCCGCGGAAAGGAGGAAGCUGCUGCCCGAGAGCGGGCAGAAGGAUUCUCGGCAGCUUAUUAAUGACGACGACCGUGACCUCGAGGAGAAGGAGCGUGGUCGUCGGUCAGUCUCACAGGCGUCUAAGGGCACGGCCAGAAAGACGAAACGCGGCAGGAGGCUGCCCGUCCCUAGGGACAUUUCACGCGAGAGGCCAGAGCUGCCGAAAAGGCGGAACGUGAGGACGGUGACGUUCACCGAGAGGGAUUUCAAGUCGGUGAUCAGGGACUACGUUUCUAACGACGAUUUCUGGGAGUUCGAGGAGGACGCGGACGAGAAGGAACCGCUGGAGGGCAUUUUGGUGUCCGAGCUGCCGUUCAAGCCAAGAGCGGACAUAGGGGAUUUGGACAGGGUCACCGAGGACGAAUACUGUCCCUUGAGCUUGGAAGACGAGGCGUCCUGCGGCGAGACGUUCAAGUGGCCUUGAAAAUUCGAAAUAAGUCGAUAAAUUGUAGAGUAGUGGAAUAUAAAGAAUUUCGGCGGAGAGAAGAUCGGUCGUUUCGCGAUUCGCCCGAUUCGUCGCGCCGUUUCAAAGGAAUCGGUUUCUCAUCCGGAAUCUUUAAUUUUGACAAUUGAACGGCAGCUGCGAAAAUAUGCAGCCUUCGAUUAUUUACGCAAGCAUUAGGUCUUGUGACUGUGAGUCGUUGAAAAUAAAAAUAUAUACUCUCUUCGAAUGCCUGAUUGAAUUCUGCGAAUACCUCUUAUUCA